CUAUUCAACAAACUUGACCGUGAGCUGGUCUUGAACUUCUUUUGCACGUUUUUGCUGGCUUUGUGUUGUGGUUUUUGUUUUCACGACUGUUUUAUUACUAUUUUAAAAACAUAUUGUCAGUAGCUAUACUCGGUUGGUACAAGAGGAAAUUGAGCAACACUUUCAACACCGUCUUGAAGAAUCAGGAAAACACCUACACAACCUCUCAGAUGUUUCAUGCAGGGUUGACUCUAACGAGCUUGCUGCUCGUCUCGCUGGCCUUGGCGGCUGCCACUUUGGACAUUGAUCUGGACAAGCAUUGGACGAUGUGGAAGAAGACUCACAAGAAGUGGUACAGCAGCCAGCUGGAAGACCUUCACCGGCGAGGAUUGUGGGAAAAGAACCUGAUGCUCAUCACGCUGCACAAUUUAGAAGCUUCCAUGGGCCUCCACAGCUAUCAACUCAGCAUGAACGUUCUGGGAGAUCUGACGCCAGAAGAAAUCCGUCAGUCUUUCGCUAACUUAACUCAUCCCACCGACUUCCACAAGCUGUCCUCUGAUUGGUCGGGCGGCCAAAUGGCGGACAUUCCAGAGUCAAUCGACUGGAGGGAUCAGGGAUACGUGACAAGCGUGAAAUUUCAGGGCUCCUGUGGUUCUUGCUGGGCCUUCAGUGCGGCGGGAGCUCUUGAGGGCCAGCUAGCCCGGACCACGGGCCGCCUUGUGGAUCUCAGCCCCCAGAAUCUGGUGGACUGUUCGGGCAAGUACGGCAACCGCGGAUGCUACGGCGGUUUUCUCGACGGAGCCUUCCGCUACGUGAUCGACAAUGGCGGUAUCGAGUCUGAAAAAUCUUACCCGUACACGGGACGCGCUGGACCAUGCCUCUACAAUGCUGCCCAUCGCGCCGCCAACUGCUCAAGCUACCGCUCUGUGGCGCAGGGCGACGAGGGCGCCCUCAAGCGAGCGAUCGCCCUGGUGGGACCCGUCUCGGUCGGCAUCGACGCCUCCAAGCCCAGCUUCGCGUUCUACAGCAGCGGAGUGUAUGACGACGCAUCUUGCUCUCAGAGAGUGAACCACGCCAUGUUAGUGGUGGGCUACGGAACCCUAAAUGGAAAGCAAUACUGGCUGGUCAAGAACAGCUGGGGUCUUUCAUAUGGAGAAAAAGGCUACAUCCGGAUGGUCCGCAACAAAAACAACCAGUGCGGGAUCGCCAGUUUUGCCUGCUAUCCUGUCAUGUAGAGCCCUCAAACCCCACAGCAUUGAAAAUGGCUUCAGUGUAGUACUUUGAUUAGAAUAUACUAGUAUAACUCUGAGUAUUGAUAAUUUUCUCGAAAUGUUGUAGAAGGGAUCAUUUAAGUGUUAUGCAUUGAUAUUUAAAUCAGUACCCUAAUCAUUAUUACUACAACUGGGCAAUGGUUAUUCAUUUUAAUCGCGAUGAAUUGCAUGAGAUUAAUUGCAAUGAAUCUGUAUAAUAAUGAAUUCAAAAGUAGUAAUUAGCACACUUACAUUAAAUCUAUUGCCGUAUUAAUGCAUAAUCGAUAUUGAAUCAUGGAUUUCCAUUGAUAACAAUAGAUGUCCAAUCCAAUGGAACUGGGACGGUUUUCGUUCAUGAUCGCAGUCUGGAUUGUAUUGAUUGAAAUGUAGUAUUUAGAACUAUUUUAUUUUGAAUGUACAGUGGUAUUAAUGAAAUAUUAAUCUAUAAUAACUUGGGCUGUCAAAAUUAUCGCGUUAACAGGCGUUAAUUAAUUUUUAAAAUUAAUCACGUUAAAAUAUUUGACACAUUUAAUGCACAUGCCCCGCUCAAAGAGAUUAAAAUGACAGCACAGUGUCAUGUCUAUUUGUUACUUGUGUUUUUUGGUGUUUUGUCACCCUCUGCUGGCACUUGGGUGCGACUGAUUUUAUGGGUUUCAGCACCAUGAGCAUUGUGUAAUUAUUGACAUCAACAAUAGCGAGCUACUAGUUUAUUUUUGCUUGAAAAUUUUACAAAUUUUAUUAAAACGAAAACAAUAAUAUAAUUUUUUUAAAAUAUAAAAUUUCUAUAACUUGUAAUAACAUUUAUCUUUUAAGAACUACAAGUCCUUCUAUCCAUGGAUCGCUUUAACGGAAUGUUAAUAAUGUUAAUGCCAUCUUGUUGAUGUUUUGUUAUAAUAAACAAAUACAGUACUUAUGUCCAGUAUGUUGAAUGUAUAUAUCCGUCUUGUGUCUUAUCUUUCCAUUCCAACAAUAAUUUACAGAAAAAAUUAAUAUUAAUCGGUUGUUUUCAAAGAGGCCAUUUAGCUAAUUUUGCUCAGACUCCAGGUUAUUGUGAUUGUCAUUUUACAGUCGACCACUAGAUGACAGCACAUUUUCCUACCAUCACAAAUUUGACUGUAGACAAAAAAAUAACCCCCAAAAAAACAAGAAUUUCUGCUAACCCUAGCAAUAGCUAAAGAUACCAGUAGUAACGUUCAACUAAGGGCGGUUUGCAUAGGGACGGUAGGGACAUAACUCUACCAACUUUUCAGGAUGCUCAAAUUGUCACCACCAACUUUUAAGCAACCUUAUAUACAAUAUAUAAUGAGUUCAGUUAUAUAGGUAAUUUAGACUGUCUUUCCAUAUUUGUAUGUAUAGAAUUGACCCUACCAUUAUUAAGUGAAUUAUUUUUAUUAUGUUAAAACUUUUACCCCUUUUCACUUGCUGAAUGUGCCAGUCCAUUUUCCCCCUGCCCCUCAAACGCAUAUUUGAUUGGCUGAUGACUUAACCCACCUCCGACACACACGCACGCUCAAACUCACACAGACCCUGCACAAUUACAUUUGGACAAAAUUGAAGUUUUUUUUCGGCCAGCAACAGCCAUAGUAAGUAAUUAAAAAAGAUGCCAAUGUUGUAAAGGUGGGAAACACACCACUAUUUUUGCUACUGAAAGUCCGACCUGCAUCAGAGUUAGCAUAACAUUAAACUGUGAAUUUGCUAACCCGCAAAACCCGAGUAUGAAGCUGCUGUUAUAUCGUCCCUACCAAUGUUGAGGCCAAAGCUACGCCCUUGCGUUCAACCAUACGUACUAUGUAAGCCAAAAACAAAAGGUAGCGACUGUAAGUUGAUUUCAUGAUUAACAUCUUUGGGAAUUACGAUUUAUCUAUAUUUUCAGAUGAUUUGUUAACUUUUUUUGAAAACAGACUUCUUGUUUGAAUCAAUUUGACAAACUCAACCUAGAUUUUGCUAACGGUUAUUGAAUGUCAAUCAUUUUCAAUCUUGAUUUUUAUGAGAGCUGUGUUAAUUUCCCACUUAGCAUAUUCUGUUAUGAUUAUUGAUGUAUAAUGUCUGCUCAUAAUAAAUUUGUUUGGGAAAGAAAAGGCCUUGUUUAUGUAUUGUAGGUUUAACAACUCAACACAAAAGGAUCAGUACACCCAAGGGUUAAAGCUGUAAUGUGAAGUAAUUUCAUAACAUGCCAAAUAGGGUCACAAUUAAAGUAAUUAAACAUUGUCCAACAAAUAAAGCAUGAAAAAAAUAAUUUAUAUGUUGUAUAUUUGACAAAAUAAUCGCGUUUCCGAAGUUCGAGCCUGAAAGGGGACGAACCCGGAAGUGAUACGUCACACCAAGAACAUCGAUGGCAGCGCUCCAUACGGCCGCCAUACAAAGCCCUUCAAACAAUGAUUCAAACAGCGAUAUAAGCGAUAGAUCUAGCGCAAGGGAGGAGAUCCAAGUUUUUGAAGAGUUGGAGGAAGAAGAGGAGCUUGGAAUUUUAUGUUGGACCUAACAUGUAUUAGCCAGACGCUAAUCA